GAGACUAGACUAACUUCGUACCCUCGGUUAACCAGUUCUAGGGUUUCUCUCUUCGCCACUAUGACUUUGAUGUUUCGCCAAUCUUACUGUUAAGCUUUUAGAGAGAGAAAGACGAAAAGGAGCAAAUCUUGAGAGGGAAAAUUGAAUAUGGAAGCAAGGGUUGGUGUGGUUGUUGAUGGAGGACAGAGAGCUCUCAAUUCCGCUGCUGUUCAUGGUAGCGUCGUUGAUGCCGGUGCUAGGAAAUUUCUGCAGCAGCACAAUCAUAAUCACAAUCACAACCAUAAUAAACAGCAGUCUUUGAGUCGGCAAGCGCAGAUAGGAACCAUUCAGCAGCUGCUUGCCGGUGGUAUUGCUGGUGCUUUUAGUAAGACCUGCACGGCUCCUCUGGCUCGCCUUACUAUCCUCUUUCAGGUUCAAGGCAUGCAUGCUGAUGUUUCAGCUUUGCACCAGGCUAGCUUAUGGCGUGAAGCUUCCCGAGUUAUUCAUGAAGAAGGGUUUAGAGCAUUUUGGAAAGGCAAUUUGGUUACUAUUGUUCAUCGUCUUCCUUAUUCUUCAGUGAACUUCUAUGCUUACGAACGCUACAAGAGUGUAAAGACGAUUUCUUUGAGACCUUCUGAAAUUAAAUGUGAUCUUUCUGCUCCUAAAAUUUCAUGUUGUCUUUAUCUUUUCCAGUUACUACAAUCAUUUCUUGGCUUAGAAAGACAGAGGGGUAAUGCAACAAUGGACCUGGCUGUGCACUUUAUAGGUGGUGGGUUGGCAGGAAUAACAGCUGCCUCUGCCACGUAUCCACUGGAUCUUGUGAGGACACGCCUUGCAGCGCAGAGGAACACAAUAUACUACAGGGGUAUGUGGCAUGCAUUUAGUACCAUAAUCAGAGAAGAAGGUUUUUUGGGCCUGUAUAAAGGACUUGCAGCAACUCUAUUGGGUGUUGGCCCAAGCAUUGCAUUAAGCUUUUCUGUAUAUGAGUCUCUCAGAUCCUUCUGGCAGACUCAAAGGCCUAACGAUUCUACUGUUGCAGUUAGUCUUGCUUGUGGUAGUCUUUCAGGCAUUGCAUCGUCAACAGCAACAUUUCCUUUGGAUCUUGUGAGGAGGAGAAUGCAGUUGGAAGGAGCUGGUGGUCGAGCCCGUGUAUAUACAACUGGCUUGUUUGGGACACUUGGGCACAUAAUUCGUAAUGAAGGUUUGCGAGGCUUGUAUAGAGGGAUACUGCCUGAAUACUGCAAAGUAGUUCCUAGUGUUGGCAUUAUCUUCAUGACAUACGAGACACUGAAGAUGCUUCUAUCGCACGACCCUACUAAUCAGUAAUUGCCUAUCUCAGUUAGGCAUUCUCCCUCAAAUAGUAUCCAUGAGGUUAUCUGUUUGGGCAAAUAAAAUGGAAAAGAUGAAGAAUCAGUUUUGUCACACUAGAGGGUUUGUAGAAGAAAUUUUCUGCAAUACAUGAGAAAUUCCAUGGUGGUAAAUUUUGCUGUUUCUGCCAUGACACCAUAAUUUUUAUGUAUAGGUAUAUCAUGAAAGUCGCAUAAGUAUAUCCUAAUUUUAACAUAUUUAGGUUUCAACAUCUAGAGAAUUAACAUUCAUUGAUCAUCAUGUCAUUAUAACAAUUUUGUUGUCUCAACAUGUUUAAUACUUGCUAUGUAGUGUAGCUGCCCUUAUCAGUGGCAAUGUUUUCUUCUGUUGGCACUCUUUUGAGUUUGGAAAAAAGCCGAGUUGAAAAUUUUAUGUUA